AUGACGAAGGGAACAUCCAGCUUCGGCAAGCGCCACAACAAGACGCACGUUCUCUGCAGACGAUGCGGUAAACGAUCCGCCCACGUCCAGAAGCACACCUGCUCCAACUGCGGAUACCCAGCCGCGGGCACCAGAAAAUACAACUGGGGCGAGAAGGCGAAGAGGAGAAAGACGACCGGUAGCGGCCGCAUGAGGACGCUCAAGACCAUCCCACGCAAGGCGAAGAACGGAUUCAGGACGGGCGCACCAAAGGGCUCGAGGGGACCGGCGACUCAGUCAUAA